AUGAGGGGUCCCUGCGAGGGGCCUGGAGAGAAGGAAGAGCUGGAGGAAGGGGCGGCGGCGGCCGCUGGGCGUCCUGCAGGGGUCCCGGAGGCCCAGAAGGGUUCGGACGCGGAUUCGAACUCCGACCAGGAGAAAGAAGGCACCCAUAAGCUUGGAGAACUGGGCAAGGACACCCUCUACCUGAGGUCUUGCUGGGCCCACAGCGUCGUGCCUGCUUCCUGCUUUCUGCGCCAAGGGAGCACCCCAGAGCUCAACCUGCAGCACUGUGGCCUGGGGCCCCAGGCUGCCCAGGCUCUGGCUUCUGUGUUGACCUCCAAUCCCUACAUCAAGCGGCUGGAACUUCAGGACAGUGGGCUCUGUGGGGCCGGCACAGAGGCCCUGGCAGGUGCUCUGCGCAAAAGCAGUAUCUGUGAUGUGGACCUGUCGGAGAACCAGCUGGGAGCGGUGGGAUCCUGGGCUGUCUGUGCCGCCCUGGCGGUGAACCCGGCUGUGCAGAAGGCACAGCUGGCAGGGAAUGGCCUGGAGGAGCAGGUGGCCCAGUACCUUGCUGAACUCCUGCUGGCCCACACAGGCCUGAAACCCCUGGACCUGAGCUAUAACCAGCUGAAUGACCAAGCAGGGGAGAUGCUUGGACCAGCCCUGGCAGAAAAAGGACUCACUGAGCUUAACAUAAGCUGGAAUCACCUGCGAGGCCCAGGAACUGUAGCCUUCGCCAGGGGACUAGAGGCAAACAUCUUCCCGAAGGUCUUGGACAUCUUGUAUAAUGGCUGUGGGGAUCCGGGAGCCUCCGUGCUGGGGGGGCUCAAGACCAACAACAUGUUGGAGGAGGUCUACAUGAGCAACAACCGCAUCUCUGCAGUGGGAGCCCUGAGCCUGGGCCUGCAGGUCAACCAGACACUGAGGAUUCCUGCUGUGUCCAGGAAUCCCAUGCGAAGUGAAGGCUGCUUUGGUGUUCUCAGGUCUGUCCAGGCUAAUCCACUGUCUGCCCUAGAGCUGCUGGAUUUUUCUGAUAUCCAUGUGAACAGAGAGUUUGAUGACCUCACCAGCUCAGUGAAGGUCAUUCUUCCAGGGCUUUACAUAACUGCCCACAGAGUGGAGUACAAAAAAGAAUUCCUGCCCGUCUUCAGACCGUCUCAAUGACUAUGUUGUAUGGUUUCUUCAUCUCUCCCAUUGGCCACUUCAACUUUGAGAUGCCUUUCAACACAUGAGUCUGCACCAAGUCCCCAGGUCAACUGGGUGGCAAGUCCUACAGAGCCGGCCUUCAUAGUGACUCAGACACUGGUACUAAUCGGGGCCUUCCUUUGCUCUCACUCAUUCGUGUAACACGAACUUGUAUUAUAUGUUGCACACUGAGCUGGGCAUGGGGUCAAAGAUGCCCAAACAAGACCCUGCCCUGGAGACCUUUGGACACAAUUAAAAUAUAAGGUGGUCUGCAACUGGCAUUCUCAAAGUCAACUUGGGAGAAGGCAAAUGGACACAGCUUUUUUGGAAGGCAAUUCAUCAUCAUGCACCAAGAGCCUUAAAAUUGCCUGUCCUGCGAUCCAAAGUUCUGACUAAUCUGCUCCACAGAAAUCACCAGAGAUGCAUGGAAAACCGGAUGCCCAAAGAUGCACAUGCAAAUGCUGUUUAUGGUAUGAAAAUUGAAAAUAAUCUAAAUGCCCAAUAACAGGGGAUUGGUUUACUACAAUUUGGAAUUCUGUAAACAUUAAAAGUCAAGUGUUCGAAGAACAUUUAACAGUUUGUGAAAAUGCACAUGAUUGAUGUUAAGUGAGAAAAUCAGGAUAAAAAAAUCACAUGGUUUGUCUGGCAGCUCCUCAAAAGGUUAAACAUGGAGUUGACCAUAUGACCCAGCAAUUCCACUUCUAGAGAAAUGAAAACACACAAAACAUCUGAACCAUCUGAACACAGAUGUUCAUAGCAGCAUUGCUCAUAAUAUUCACAAAAUGCAAAUACCCACCAACUGAUGAGUGGAUAAACAAAAUGUGGUAUACCUAUACAAUGGAGUAUUAUUUGGCAAUAAAAAGGGAUGAAAUCUGGGGUGAUGGAAGUGUUCUAAAAUUGAUUAAGGUAAUGGUUGCACAACUCCAUUGACAUACUAAAAGUAUUUGAAUUGUAUACUUUAAACACGUGAAUGGUAUGGUAUAUGAACUGUGGCUCAUAAAGUUGUUUAAGAGAAAAAGGAAUGAGGGACUUCCCUGGCGGUCCAGUAGUUAAGACUCCAAGCUCCCAAUGUAGGGGGCCCAGGUUCGAUCCCUGGUUGGGGAACUAAAAUCCUACAUGCCGCAUGGUGCCACCUGAAAAAAAAAAAAAAAAAACAGAGAGAAAAA